UUAUAAACUGAACAAGCACAUCUCUCCAUCCAGUCUCAGCGUGCUGCGAAGACUGUCAGUCAUGAGGAUCCAUUACCUUCUCUUUGCAUUGCUCUUUGUGUUCUUGUUGCCUGUUCCAGGAAAUGGAGGAAUCAUCAAUGCAUUACAAAGGUAUUACUGCAAAAUAAGAAACGGCCGGUGUGCUGUGUUUGGCUGCCUUCCAAAGGAGGAACAGAUAGGCCACUGUUCUCGGGGAGGCCGAAAAUGCUGCCGAAAAAAGAAAUAAAAAAUCCAGAAACA